AUGUCGUCGACCAAGGGGAAGAAGAAGGCAAGUCCUGCUGCUCCUGCGAGCACGACCAAGUCCAGCUUGCCGCCAGGAUUCCAGACGGCUCCUGCGGCAUCGCCGACGCCGACGGCCUCCGCGGACGAGCAUCAAGCGCGCAUUCUUCGCCACCGCGCCUUGUACAUCUUCCGCUUCUACGUCGGCCGCAACGUGGAGGUGACACUUCGCGACAAGUCCAAGUACGCUGGCGUCUUGCACUGCAUUGACCCGGACGAGUUUACCGUCGUCUUGAAGAACACACAGCGGUUGACAGAAGACCCGUCGUCGCCCUUCAACAGCGGCAGCACCUUUGUGAUCCAGCACUUCCUGCUCGCGCACCUCACGUCGCAGGGUCGGUCCGAGUACCACCAGGACGCCGGCGUCGCCCAGCGCCUCCCGUACAACUCGGGCACGUUCCAGACGGACACGGACAUCUCGAACAACCUCAAGGCGCAUCUCUUCGGGCGUGAGCUCCAAGCAGCGUCGUCGUGGCUCGACCCGACGCUCGACAGUGGCGACCUCGAGCGCGGCAGCAACAAGAACUGGAACCAAUUCGAAGUCAACGAAAAGCUCUUUGGCGUCACGUCCACGUACGACGAGAACAUUUACACGACCAAGCUCGAGAAGACCAAGAUGACGCAAGCGCAAGUGCGCGCGGCCGAAAAGAUGGCGCGCGAGAUCGAGUCGCAGACGUCGUCCAACUUUCACCUGCUCGAAGAACGCAACGCGGCAACGGGACGCGAUGAAAUCGACGAAGAAACGCGGUACAGCUCUGUCGUCCGGUCUGGCCCCAACUCGACCGAGAAGCCUACGGCCUGGCAGCGUGGCUCGAACGCAUAUGUGCCCCCGGCACUGCGGACCAAGCAGGACGCGGCUCCGAAAGCGAAGUCGCCCGCACACGCUGCGGCGCCGGUCAAGUCGCCCAGCAACGCACCUGCGGCAUUGCCCAAGGAGCCGGUCAAGAAGCCCGAGUCGCCCAAGAAGCCCGAGUCGCCCAAGAAGACUGAACCGAUCUCGAAGCCGGAAUCGCCCAAGAAGCCUGCGUCGCCCGCACCAACGGCGGCUACCCCGAAGGAGGAGCCCAAGGCGCCGGCCAAGAAGGGUCUCAACCCGCUCGCCAAAGAGUUCAAGCUCAACGCGUCGGCUGCGGCCUUUACGCCCAGCCGGUCGUAUGCGCCGCCACCCGUGCAACCGCCGCCAACCUACGCGCCGCAGAACGGCGGCUACUACGAAGGUGACGACGAGAUGCCGCCGUACGUCAACCAGUACGGCAUGCCCAUGAUGAUGCAGCCGCCCAUGUACCCGCCGCCCAUGUACAGUGGGAACGCCGGCUACGCGAUGCCGCCGCCGCCACCGUACCACGGCUACCACCCGCCGCCGUACGACAAGGACCACCGCCCGUACGCGCAGCCGCCGCUGCCGCGAUAA